UCUCAAAUGGCGAAAACGUUGACGUGCUUCAUGGUUACCGGAUAAAGAACAAAAACCCCGUCGUUGCACGCGUAUCUGCAAACUCAUUACGCCUCGAGCGCGAGUUCUAUGUAAUGAAAAAACUGUAUCAAUAUACGGGAGGCGACUCGUUCAUUGUACGACCGUUAGAAUUUCUUCGUUUGCCAAGUGGCUUAAACGUCUCAAUAUACGCCAGCGAGCCGCAUCAACAUAGUGUCACGUCUUCAGAAUCGCCAGAAGAUGGUGACGAUAGCACAAGCAAUAUCCGUGCUUGGAUCGGACUAAAUAGACAAAACAAUACGCGGAGUCAUGCAACCACAGCAUCAUCUUAUGCAGCGACGAAUGCAACGUACUACGAUCUGGAGCGGUUUUUGAAAUUCGGGAUCAAGUGCCUGGAACCAUUGGAUUUUAUCCAUCGAUAUCGAUGUAUCCACGGUGAAAUACGUAUGGAAGCAUUCCAGUGGGAUGGGUCAGAUAAAGGCAGCGUAAAGUUAUGCAACUUUGGGUCGGGCUCGAAAUCUUUGGAAAGCUAUCUGACCUUGUCUGCCGAUGGUUGGCGGAAAACGAUGAACAAUAAGGAGUUGGUCAAGGUUUUGCGCGGAGUCUUGAUAUACAUGAGUCCGGAACAAACUGGCCGCACUACUUAUCCACCUGAUCAUCGAACAGACAUAUACUCGCUUGGUGUCAUGUUUUUUGUGUUGCUAACCGGAAGACGACCAUUUGAAGGGAGUCCUUUGGAAACACUCAAAGGUAUCCUCAGUCGAAAGCUUCCGCCCGUACACGAACUACAACGAGAUGUUCCUGAAGUCAUUUCCAGGAUCAUCGAAAAAAUGACAAAUAAGGCACCUGAUGAUCGAUAUACCAGUGCCCGUGGAGUCAGCUCCGACUUAAAGGAGUGUCUCAAGCGUUUAAAGGCAGCAAAACACCCCUCUACACAGUGGAUAGAACCUUUUCCUUUGGCCCAAAAGGACAUCGCUUCUGUAUUUACAUUGCCCAAAAGUAUUUACGGUCGUCAAAGCGUCAUAGCGGAGGUCACCGCUAUCAUUGGCCGAUGCGCAUUACUGCACAGGCCAUUCAGGUUGCGCAAUGGUACCGAAUUCCGUGUGGACCCCCAAUCUCUGGUCGAGCUUUCUUCAGAAACUGAAAGCAGCAGUGCAGCGGAUUCUGGGCCCAAAUCGGCACUAAUUUUUACUGCAGGUCAAAGGCCUACUACCGUAAACGGAGCAACGGAUAAUUCAAGUAUCGGCAGUCGGAUUUUUACCAAUAGCAGUAAGACGGGAACAGUUGUUGUUGGCCUCUACGGCCCCGGUGGCAUUGGUAAAUCGACGAUAUAUACAGCUGUCCAACCAGCGGCUCGACAAAAUGGAUAUGUCGCCUCCACAAAAUUUGAUGCUCGUAACAAAACACCAUACAGUGCAGUCACCCAAGCAUUAUCACAGAUCUUUCAGCAAGUCCUCUCUGAAAAUGAAGAUGAAAUCAGUGCAUUUUACACUCAUUUGAAAUGCUCGCUCGGUGCACAGUUUUGCAACAUACACGUCAUGGUUGGCUUUGUACCUGAAUUAAAGCCACUAUUACAAGAACCGGAUAUCGAAGGAGAGGGUAUCAAUGUACCAGAAAUGGUUCGGCUGGAUAACAUCGAAACUCAAGCCCGGUUCAGAAAAGUCUACGUGGAAGUAUUCCGUGCAAUCACAAGUUGGCGAACAGCAACGUUGUUCUUAGAUGAUUUACACCAGGCAGAUUCUCCGUCGCUCGAGUUAAUAGAAGCCCUAGCCAUGGCGCGCGUCAGGAUAUUAAUAUUCAUUUCAUACAGGGAUCAAGAAAUGACUCCCGAGCUAUCUACGCUACUCAAACACUUGGCGGACAUACACCUCAUCAAAAUCGAGCCCCUCGACAAGAACUCAAUAGCCGAUUUUAUCUGCGAAGCCCUUCACCGCUCAAGCGAAACUGACAGAGCAGCGAUUAUGCCUCUGGCCAAUGUGGUAGUCCGAAAAACUCAGUGUAACGCCUUUUAUGCAGUGCAGCUUCUACGAACGCUCGAGCGGAAAAAACUCAUAUUUUUCAACUGGGAGAAAAAUGAGUGGGACUACAACUUGCGCGACAUCGAAGAUGUCACCGUGUUCGACGACGGUGAAAACUCACAGCUCAAUGUCUCGUUUAUGGUGAAGAGGUUACGAGAACUACCACAUGCAGCGCAAGACCUUUUGAAGUGGGCUUCAUUUAUCGGGGACACAUUUUCUUGGGAAACUGUCAAGGCGCUGAUGAUAUCCGCAGAAAAAGGCGCUGUAAAAAAAAGUGGUGCAGAAUGCCCUUCGGUUACACAGUAUCGCCAGCAACAACCCAAGGACGAUGCUUGCAGCAGUAGCAGUAGCAGUAGCAGUAGCACUCUGACUAACGAUUCUUCUAUAAACAACACGUCGAAUAACUCGAGCGGCAACACCGGUUUAUUCAAACGACUUCAACGCUUCUACACAAGAUCUCCACCAACUCCUUGUAGUCGCUCACCGACGGGAUCAGACUACGACCCUAUUAGUGGUCUGCAGGCUGUAUUACAAGAAGGAUACAUUGUACCUAUUAAUGAGAGCGAAUUCAAAUGGAGUCAUGACCGGAUAUCCCAGGCGGCGGCUGCAUUGGCAGAUCCGAACACAUUGGAUAAUAUACAUCUAACUGUUGCACAGCACUUAAUGGAAGAAAAACUCGUUGACACAUUUCUUGUGGCCGAUCAUUUGCUAAAGUGCAUCGAUCUGUUGAUGUUGCAGGACGACAAGGAGCGAUAUCGGCAAAUUUUUGUUGAUUCGGCCACGAAGUGUCAAACUGCUGGUGCCCAUGAUAUGGCAUUUGCUUACUUUAAUUCUGCGAUACAGCUUAGUGAUCCGAAUCAAGAAUGGAAUGAUAUCAACUAUAGCGGGACGCUUCUUCUCUACACAAAUGCUGUUGCAUUAUCAUGGGUAGUUGGUGCAUACACACUUACUGAGCAAUGGUUGGAUAUCAUCUUCGCACAAUCACGAUGCCCCUUGGAUCGAGUACCAGCUUAUCGUGUUCAAUCGAGGUAUCUCUACAGUAUACAGAAGACUGAACAGGCUCAAGAUGCGCUACUACGGUGUUUGGACGAGCUGGGAAGAGAGAAAGCGCGAUUAGAUAUCAGUGAAGCAGGUAUUCUGCGGGAAUACAGUCAAGCCGAAAGGCUGAUACGGCAGUUUGGAGUCGAUGGAAUUCUCGCCAUGAAGCCUUGCGAGAAUUUGACUAUUAAAGCCACUAUGGGUGUUCUAGAAGAGCUACUCGUAUCUUGUUUUUUUGGCGGGCAGAUGUUGGAGCUAUGUCACUGGGCCUGUCGCAUACUUAAUCUCACUGCUCUCUAUGGUCCUACCAAUGUUACAGGCUCAGGAUGUAUGGCCACUGGUAUCGGAUUCGCGAGUCUCUAUCAGAAAUAUAAGUUUGCGGAGGAAGUCGGUAGCCUGGGCAUCGCACUUGCCGAUAAAUACGGAAGCAACCAAGAAAAAGGACGUGCAUACCACAUAUACGCAGCUUAUGUACUUCAGUGGAAGUAUCCUCUCAGUAAAGCGUACAAGUAUUAUCAAAAUGCUUUAGAUUUCUGCAGCUCUGCUGGUGACAAUAUGUACUACACCUUUAACCGGAUUCAUAUAUGCAUUCUUAUGUUUGGUCAAGGAUAUAAUAUGCAAGAUGUUGCCCGGGAAAGUCAAGCAACAUAUGACGAAAUCCUGAUAUAUUCACCUACUGUCGAAACCAAGUUCUUUUCCUUGGCUAUUCUACGCGCAGCAAAAGCACUCCAGGGCCAAACGUACAUUAACACGCCAAACGUUUUUGACGGCGAUGACGGCUUCAACGACUCCCACUUUGUUUCGGAGAGUUGCGAGCACUCCUACAGACCCAACAUUAUGUUAAAUUGGUACGAAUCUUACAAGAUCGUACCACUGACACUCUAUGGAUAUCUUGAUUCUGCAAUUGAAAUUGGAUACCGAUCUAUCGACACAAUGUAUGCUCAUCCAAGUUAUCGCCACACCCGCAUGAUGCUUUGUUUCUUCUCUUUGGCGCUUAUUGAAAAGACACGUCAAGAUCCAACAAUCUACCAAAAAUGUAUCGAGCAAGUCAAGAGGAACCAAGAGUUGGUACACGAAUGGGCUAUUCACAGUCCAAACAAUUAUUCCAUGUUCUGGACGUUUGUGGAAGCUGAACUUGCAGGGAUUAGCGAUGAUUCUCCUGACAUAUCUAAAGCCGGAAGACUUUACGAAGAAGCAAUAAAUCUAGCAAGAAAAAAUUCAUGGUACUUUGACCUCUGCGUUAUGCAUGAGUAUACCGGUGCCUUUUACAACCGCAUCGGGCUCUACAAUACUGCCUAUGGAUAUAUAAGAAAGGCAGUUGAUCUGUAUAUGAAGCAUGGUGCAUACGGAAAAGGACGACACGUUAGCAACAAAUUCUCUCAGCUUCUGUCCGAUUUCGACGAUGUUCGAUCUGAAAGUCAAGAAGCAGAAAUCCAAACUGAUCCUCUACCGUACCAUGGUGCUCAAGGAUGGAGUCCCAGUGCAUCAUCAAACGGAAGUAGGGUAGCACUCAACGAGCCGUUAGCUUGUGAAUUCAUGACACCUGCUACACAUGAGCAAACAUUGUUGAAUUUAGAUAUUAUCGAUAUGGCUUCAAUUUUAAAGAGCUCACAGGUCCUAAGCUCUGAAAUCCAGUUUAAUGCGCUCUUGAGUUCGAUGAUGGGAAUAAUCCUCGACGUUUCAGCAGCAGAUUGCGUUGCUAUUGUCAUCAAAGACGAUAAGUUUGGUGUGUGUGCGUACGGCACGCAGCAAGAUAGUUCUACCACAUACGAUCCACCAAAGCCGCUAUCAGAAGAUGACGACCUAGUAUCAAGUCGCAUUAUCAACCAUACGAUACAUACCGGUGAAAGCACCUACGUAAACGAUGUCCAAAAAGAUACAAGGUUUGCCGUGGGACCAUGGUUUGAGCGUGUCAAAAGAAAAUCAGUUGUAUGCAUGCCAAUCAUUCACAAAGUAACCACUGUGGGUUGCUUAUUUAUUGAGGGUGUCGUUGGUAUUUUCACCCAAAGGCAUAUUGCUGUUCUCAGUCUUUUGUGCCAACAGAUGGGUAUUUCAAUCACGAAUGCCUUUCUAUUCAAGUCUGUGCAGCGAGCUACUAUGACGAAUAUGAGAAUGAUUGAGAAGCAAAAACAAGCACUUGAAGAGGCUCGACGGAGCAAAGAAGCUGCCGAUAAAGCAAUGCGGUUACGUGAAAUCUUUUUGGCAAAUAUGAGCCAUGAGAUACGUACUCCUUUUUCGGGCUUUUACGGAAUGAUCUCAUUGUUGGCCGAUACAAAUCUGGAUAUUGAGCAACGAGACCUCGUCCAAACUGCCAAAGAGUCAUGUGAGAUGCUUCUACAGCUUAUUGACGAUCUGCUGAAUUUUUCAAAACUACAAGCUGGCAAAGUCUCGUUGGAUUUGUCACCUAUUGUGAUUGACGAUCUGCUGGCAGACGUCAUCGAAAUGUUGAUUGCCUUGGCCAUUCGAAAGAGCAUCAAUAUCAGUUAUAGUGUUGAACCAGAUGUACCUGCUGUCAUUAUGGCUGAUGGCAACCGUAUACGACAGGUCAUAAUCAAUCUUUUGGGCAACGCAUUAAAAUUCACCCACGAUGGAGAAGUCAAAAUACGGUGCUCUAUGGACAAAAAGAAUUUAUCUACGGAUGGUAAAAUAUCAUUACUUUUCGAAGUAGUUGACUCUGGUAUUGGGAUAAGCGAAGAGCAACGCAAGGUACUUUUUGUGCCGUUCUCGCAGGUGGAUGGUAGUACAACCCGUAACUAUGGUGGCACUGGACUCGGAUUAUCAAUCUGCUUGCAAUUGGUUUCUUUGAUGUCUGGUAAAAUUGACGUGAAGAGCGAGCCAAACAAGGGUUCGAAUUUCUUCUUCAACAUUACGACAUCUCGUGUACAUGAGCAGGCCAACAAACGCGAAGAUGUGAUUGCAGACUUAUUAAAAAAGUUGAAUGGUGCUCGAGUCCUUGUUGCUGCGACCCACGAAUCUACUGCAUCGAUGAUACGCCAACUUCUGCCCGGAAUAGCUGUAGACGGAGCGCAUACUCCUGGUGAUUUCAUCCAUCGGCAGGCCACCAACUACCACGUUGUCCUCGUUGGCCUUUGGUUGACGAGCGAUCCAGAACUCCAAGUAUGGACAACCCACCUUAAGCAGUUUUUACAAAGUGCUCGCUGUGUAGUUGUGAUGCAUUAUCCUAGUGUCGCGAACAGCGACGUGCUAUGCACAAACAAUCUUCCAACAACCGGCAUUACAGACGACGAGCGACUCAGUCAAAAUGGUCGCAGUGAUUUAUCAAGCAGUACCCUCAGGGUAAAUGCAGGGAACGUAAGCCUUCCUCCGAUGAAGCUACGCUCGGUUGUUCGUAUAUCUGUUCCUCUUCGACGCAUAAAUUUACUACAAGCUCUUGUCGACAUGAUUCAGCAAACGAGCGACGAUGCCGCUAUCAUUAAAAAAACGCUCAAAACACCGUCAACGCCACGCCCUUCAAUAUCAACCAAGACAAUAGGAAGUAGAAAGAAGGCUUCCCAAGAUACUAUUUCUCCUGAAGAGCAAGCUCUAUACAGUACACAGACGCUACUUAUUGCAGAAGAUAAUCCUGUUGCUCAAAAGCUUUUGUACAAACAGCUCACGCGUUUGGGUUUUAAGGUUGUUUGUGCUAAUAACGGGUUAGAAGCUGUGGAGGCAUGGCAAAAUAAUCCUCCUGGAUACUUUUCGCUCGCAAUGCUCGAUUAUCAUAUGCCACAGUGUGAUGGAGUAGAGGCCACAGGAAGGAUUCGAAAACUCGAAAAAAACAAGGGUAGAAAUGAUCACUUUCCUAUAGUUGCGCUGACAGCCGAUAUACAGGAAUCUACUCGACAAACAUGCUUGGCAGUAGGGAUGGAUGGGUACCUUACGAAACCUGUAAGCAAAAAGUUGUUGAUAGACACGUUACGCAACUAUUGCUUUAAGAGCAAAACAUCAAAUGAUAAUAGCCUUGAUUGUAAAACAAUGGUAGUCGACGAUUAACUCCAAAACAAAAUUAGUUAAUUACUUUAUAUAAUGACAACGUUUGUGUGAUGCAUUUUUUUUUAUCUGUUAUGCAAUAAUAUUUAUAUAAUGUGCAAGAAGGCUAUUUUCAUUUAAG